CGCUUAUCAUAUCAGCCGAGUCCUGCAAACCACUUCACUUCUCGUAAGUCAAAUCUGUUGCUGUGGUGCCGAGAAUGAUGUAAUGUACUGAUAAGAGGAUCAGAUCUGAAACCCUGGUUUGCAAUGGAAAACGCGAGCAGUGCUCCAGCCGCCGAAGAGCUUUUGGAGUUGGUUGAAAAACAGGAUUCAGUAAUGGAAUGUUUAAUGGAGAAAUUGGAAAUGUGUCAGAAUAAAAUAAGGUUACUCCAGGAAGCCAAUGAAAAAAGGCAAGAUUCACAAAAUGAAGCAAAUGCUCUGGUUGCAACUACUCAACAAAAGAUUGCCAACGCGCUUGCCGCUGUGGAGCUUCUUCAGGCUGAAAAAGAGAAAUUGGAGAAAGAGUUAGAUGAAGCUCGUGAGAAAGCUGAAGAAAAACCAGUCACAUCCAUUAUCCAGCUUCGGAACAGAGUGAAAGAGCUCGAAUUCGAUCUGCAGCGUGAACAGCGCUCGUCUAAUGCCCUCCAAGUAGCCUUGGAUUUUCAGAAAUCUAGAAAUGAGCAGUUGCAGAGUGCGGUCGAUGAAGCAAAUAACUCAAAGAAACUGGUAGUGGCUUCACUUUCUGCAAAAAUGGAAGAAGCUCUACGCGAUACAGCAGAACUUCGGCUCAAGUGUCAGUCUCUACUGGACGAUCGCGAACGAGUUGAGUCUGAGUUAGAUUCGGAACUCAAAGUUGUAAAUCAACGUUGUGUGCAUCUAAGAACACAUUGUGAUCGUCUAUCAAAUGAAUUGACCAAACUCCGCAAAGAAUGCAAAGUGGCGGAAUGCCGUCUAUCUGCUCUGAUUGAAGAGAACGCCUUGCUCAGAGGAAAGACUGUGAGCGGAUCAGCAGACGAAUUGGAUACAAAUCAGAUCCAGAAAAUUCUGGAAGAUCAAAGCCAUUUGAUAGCCGCUUUGAAAGAAGAAGGAAAGUUGCUUCUACAUCAGCUAGCAACGGAAAGGAAAGAGAAUAAAAGUAAAGUAAAAACAUUGAAAAAGGAGAACCGUGAGUUGGAAGAUCGUCUUCAGAAGUUGCUUUCGUUAUAGACAUUUUGUUAAGACGCGGCUCCUUUCCGGAUAGUUUCUGAUGUAUAUAUAGUCCUUUGUCUGAUUUUAGCUCUUAUCAUUGCUAUCGCUGUUUGUUGUUUGCAAAAGUCGCGCCAGUUUCUGAUCUCGCAUUAGUUUCUACCUCCGCAUAUGAUCUCAUCUCUCUGUAUUCGUAUCUCAUAGACUUUAUGUUCUUGUUUUAUAGUCAUGAUGCACAGUAGCUUCGU